UGGAGCACGGUUUGCCGAAACAUGGCCUUCCUGCGUCAAAACGAUGUGUGCGUCUAUGCCUGCAUUCUCGUGUUCACGUUAGCAGAUAAUAAAUCGUACCGAGAAAACCUCCUGAAAAAAUACUUCAAGAACCUAGUUCCACACACACCGUUUUUAAGCUUGCCAGACCAUUAUUUCGCCCUUCGUAACCCUUAUGAUGUUAACGGUACUCAGUACAGAUUUAACCUUACGGGUGGAAAACUUCGUAUCAAGACUCCCAAGUUACCGACACUCGUUGGCACGGCUUGCAAAAUUCAAACCUCGCCUUACAAAAGAGUUUCUUGCAUAUUUCCAGUUGUCGGCUCGUUUGCCCAUUACAACGCUACACUCUCUUACGGAAGAAGUGUAUCUCAGGUAUUUCGACUGAAGCUUAUUGCCGAACAAUACGACCUUGUGGGAUGGCCAAAUCCUGCGGACAUAUCUGUUUAUAUGUACCCGGAAGGCCCCAAAGGAGAGACGCGUCUGGAAGCAUCUAGCAUAUUCGUUACGGAGUACAUUGUGAUCGCCACUACCGAUCCAGCGUUCAAGAAAUUCAAAGUAUUUCACGAUAACGAGACCAUCAUAACGCAAGUGUGGCAUAGUUUUGACGACUAUAUAUUUAGAAGAUGCAAACAAGACAUGAGAAACGUAAUGAAGGAUUCGUACGCUAAACGGCUAGCUCAGAAUGCAAAACGGACGAAACCGAUAAAUGAUUCUUUAUUCUGGAAUGGCCACAAUGUGGAGAAAAAUACCGUCUGAACAAUUAUUCAUGUCCAUUAAAAAUUCUCUUGUA